AUGGGUUUAUCAAUUUCAAAACUUCUUCAAGGUCUCUUCGGUAAGAAAGAGAUGCGCAUUUUGAUGGUGGGUUUGGAUGCUGCUGGUAAAACCACCAUUUUGUAUAAACUCAAGUUAGGUGAAAUUGUUACCACCAUUCCUACUAUUGGUUUCAAUGUUGAGACAGUAGAAUAUAAAAAUAUUUCUUUUACUGUUUGGGAUGUUGGAGGUCAAGAUAAAAUACGGCCACUUUGGCGUCAUUAUUUCCAAAAUACACAAGGUAUUAUAUUUGUAGUUGACUCAAAUGAUCGAGAACGUAUUUCAGAGGCAAGAGAAGAACUUCAACGUAUGCUUAAUGAAGAUGAACUUAGAGAUGCACUUUUGUUGGUAUUUGCCAAUAAACAAGAUUUACCUAAUGCAAUGAAUGCGGCAGAAAUUACUGAUAAACUUGGACUCCAUUCUCUUCGACAACGUCAUUGGUAUAUCCAAGCUACAUGUGCUACAAGUGGCGAUGGUCUUUAUGAAGGAUUGGAAUGGUUAAGUACUAAUUUGAAACGAAAAGUUUAA